GAAGGAAGGAGAGAAGGCAGGAAGGAGAGAAUGAAUGAAAGUUUGGGAAAGAGAGAAGGAAGGGAGGUUAACGAUUAUAUUUUGGUUGGCCCACACACAUUGUCGUCCCCUGUGUCCGGCCUGUGGGCCCGCCGUUACCGGUAGCGCUGCGGGCGGGCGGGCGGAGCCUCCCUUCCCGGUGACGCGGCGGCGGGAGCGACGAGGCCCGGAGAUGGCGCGGAGCCGGAGCCACAGAACGCUCUCGAACAACAACAAUAACGGCGGCGGCGGCGAGGGCUCGGGGUCGGGGUCCCAGGCCGGCAGGCGGAAGUGUUCAGAAGGGAUGGCAAAGAAAAGACCAAAGGCACAGAAAAAUAAUGAUGUUUUCAAGGUUGCCAAUAGCAGGAGCAUAAAAGCCAAAAACAAAACCAAACAUGUGACUACAAGUCUCAAGAAGAUCAAUAUUAGGAACCGUGAAAAAGUCUCUAAAAUCAAUAAAGCAUUUACAGAAGUACAAAAAGAGAUCACGAACCUAUCCAAAGCCACAACUUCAAAGAAAUCACUGCAGAUUCCCAGAACUCCGCCAGCUGAACAGCUGAAUGUAGAUGCUACAACACAGUUGUUUUCCCAGUUGUCAAAUUCAGAAAAUGCUUUCAGUCGAUGAGAACAUGUAUACAGUGGACAAUGCAACCUACAGUACAACGAGAAUUUUAAUGUUUUCUCUUUUCGUUCCAACUCUCUAAAUGUACAAACAUAUGAACCAAAGAUCUUAGAGGAGCUCCUCUAGUAUCUUUGAUAUGAACUGCAGAUGCUGGUUUAUACCAAAAAUAGACACAAAAUGCUGGAGCAACUCUAGAGAAAAUGAAUAGCUGACGUUU